AGAGCCUGUGAGCGAGGGGGGAUUAUUCACUUUUCCAAGACUGAGGGGGAACAACACCGUAGGGGAAAAACAAACAUUUGACAGUGUUUGUUUUAGGAUUCGUGAAGUGUUCCCACAAUGUCUACGAAAGCAGAGCAAUUUGCCUCUAAGAUAAGAUACUUGCAAGAGUAUCACAACCGCGUGCAACACAAUAUUUACCCCGUGCCCUCCGGAACAGACAUUGCAAACACAUUGAAAUACUUUUCCCAAACCCUGCUCAGCAUUCUGUCCCGCACAGGCAGGAAGGAGAACCAGGAAGCAUCCAAUUUGGCCGUGCCCAUGACCAUGUGUCUUUUUCCUGUGCCAUUCCCACUCACCCCAUCUCUAAGACCACAAGUCAGUUCCAUCAACCCUACAGUUACUCGCUCCCUCCUUUACAGCGUUCUGCGUGAUGCCCCGUCAGACCGCGGGGGGCAGGGGCAGCAGAGUCGGGACGCUCAGCUCUCAGAGUACCCCUCUCUGGACUAUCAGGGGCUCUAUGCGACCCUCGUGACCCUGCUUGACCUGGUGCCCCUGCUGCAGCACGGUCAGCAUGAUCUUGGACAGUCCAUAUUUUACACAACAACUUGCCUCCUGCCCUUUCUCAGUGACGAUAUUCUCAGCACUUUACCCUACACUAUGAUCUCCACUUUAGCUACAUUCCCCCCAUUCCUUCACAAAGACAUCAUUGAGUACCUGAGCACCUCUUUCCUCCCAAUGGCUAUAUUGGGUUCCACUAGAAGAGAAGGGGGCGUCCCAGCAUAUGUCAAUCUCUCUGCCUCCUCCAUGCUAAUGAUUGCUAUGCAGUACACUUCCAACCCAGUAUACCACUGUCAGUUGUUGGAGUGUCUUAUGAAGCACAAGCAGGAAGUGUGGAAGGACCUGCUGUAUGUCAUUUCGUACGGACCAUCCCAAGUCAAGCCUCCAGCCGUGCAGAUGCUCUUUCAUUACUGGCCAAACCUAAAGCCCCCAGGAGCCAUCAGUGAAUACAGUGGACUGCAAUACACAGCCUGGAACCCCAUCCAUUGCCAACACAUUGAGUGUCACAAUGCCAUCAAUAAGCCUGCUGUCAAGAUGUGCAUCGACCCCACCCUCUCCGUUGCACUGGGAGACAAGCCCCCUCCUCUAUACAUCUGUGAGGAGUGCAGCCAAAGGAUAGCAGGAGACCAUUCAGAAUGGCUUGUUGAUGUGCUCUUGCCCCAAGCUGAGAUAUCUGCUAUUUGUCAAAAGAAGAACUGUAGCUCUCAUGUCAGGAGGGCAGUUGUCACCUGCUUCUCAGCUGGUUGCUGCGGGCGCCAUGGCAACCGACCCGUCCGCUACUGCAAGCGUUGCCAUGUCAACCACCACAGCAGCGAGGUGGGGACUGCGGCGGAGACCCAUCUGUACCAGACCUCCCCACCUCCCAUCAACACCCGCGAGUGUGGGGCAGAGGAGCUGGUGUGUACUGUGGAGGCUGUUAUCAGUCUACUGAAGGAGGCAGAGAUCCACGCGGAGCUGCGUGAGUUUGAGCUGAACAGGCGUCGUCAGAUGGGCCUGUCUGCCUCCCACCACUCCCUGGACAACAUCGACUUUGACAACAAGGAGGACGACCAGCACGACCAGAGGCUCCUCAGUCAGUUUGGCAUCUGGUUUCUGGUGAGCCUGUGCACCCCCAGUGAGAACACGCCCACUGAGAGCCUGGCGCGGCUGGUGAGCAUGGUGUUCCAGUGGUUCCACUCCACAGCCUACAUGAUGGACGACGAGGUGGGCUCCCUGGUGGAGAAGCUCAAGCCCCAGUUUGUCACCAAGUGGUUGAAGACCGUGUGUGACGUGCGCUUCGACGUCAUGGUGAUGUGCCUGCUGCCCAAGCCGGUGGAGUUUGCCAGGGUGGGGGGUUACUGGGAUAAGUCUUGCAGCACAGUGACCCAGCUGAAAGAGGGGCUGAACCGGAUCCUGUGCCUGAUCCCCUACAAUGUGAUCAGCCAGCCGCUAUGGGAGUGCUUCAUGCCAGAGUGGCUGGAGGCCAUCCGCACUGAGGUGCCUGACCAGCAGCUCAAGGAGUUCAGAGAAGUGCUCAGCAAGAUGUUUGACAUUGAGCUGUGCCCUCUGCCCUUCUCCAUGGAGGAGAUGUUUGGGUUCAUUAGCUGCAGGUUCUCAGGAUACCCAGCCUCUGUGCAGGAGCAGGCUCUGCUCUGGCUGCAUGUGUUGUCAGAGCUGGACAUUGUGGUGCCUCUGCAGCUGUUGAUCGGGAUGUUCUUUGACGGGGUGAACUCAGUGAAGGAACUGGCCAAUCAGAGAAAGACUCGAGUCUCUGAUCUAACUGGUGAAAAUACUGAGGCUCGGAGGGAAAGCGUGGUUUCAGAUCCAGGCCAUCUUGGGCCGCACAACACUGUGAGCCCGUUCCCCAGUCCGUUCCGGAGCCCAUUCCGGAGCCCCCUGCACUGCAGCCCCUUUAAGAACCUGGGCCAUGCUACGGGACACUGUGCCCUGGACCUGGACUGUGAUGACGAUGACAUGAACCUGGGCUGUUUCAUUCUCAUGUUCGACCUCAUCCUCAAACAGAUGGAGCUCCAGGAUGACGGUGUGAUGCUCGGUCUGGAAAGCAGCCUGGGGAAGGACAUUGUGGGCAUCAUCAACAACGUCUUCCAGGCCCCGUGGGGGGGCUCCCACACCUGUCAGAAGGAUGAGAAGGCUCUGGAGUGCAGCCUGUGCCAGUCCAGCAUUUUGUGCUACCAGCUAGGCUGUGAGCUCCUGGAGAGACUCACCCCCAGGGAGGAGAUACGUCUGGUGGAGUCAACAGACAUCUUGGAGGACACAUUGCUGUUGCCUCAAGUGUUUGGGCCUGAACAACGGACAAAGCAAGGGGCAGAGGAAGCGGACAACCCUGCCAGCACACACACUGACAACCCUACAAUUCAAAGUUACUCUCCUGACAACCCACCAAUGAAGAAUAAUGCUGAUAAGAAGUUUUCCUACCAGCAGCUCCCUGUGUCUCUCAAGCUAAUAUACACUAUUCUGCAGGAAAUGUCUAAGUUUGAGGAGCCUGAUAUCCUGUUCAACAUGCUGAACUGUCUGAAUAUCCUGUGUCUCCACGGAGAGUGUCUGUACCUGGCCCGUAAGGACUACCCCCAUUUCUUGGCCCACAUCCAGGAGAAGAUGCUCAUUCCCAGCCUGUGGACCAUGCUGAAGUCCGAGUUCUGCCAGCUGGCCUCCUUGGCCGUGCCCCAGCUCCUGCAUGCCCUCUCCCUCUCCCACGGAGCAGACAUCUUUUGGAACCUGGUGGACAGCAACUUUAACAGCAAGGACUGGAAGAUACGCUUCGAAGCAGUGGAGAAGGUGGCGGUGCUCUGUCGGUUCCUAGACAUUGGUUCUUUGACGAAGAACCACCUGCUGAAGUACUCCCUGGCCCACGCCUUCUGCAGCUUCCUGGCCUCUGUGGAGGAUGUCAACCCGGCUGUGGCCACACGCGCCAGGCUGCUGCUGGACACCAUCAAGAGCCCAGCACUACAGGGUUUGUGUCUGUGCCUGGACUUCCAGUUCGACACGGUGGUGAGGGACCGGCCCAUCAUCCUCAGCAAGCUGCUGAUGCUGCACCACCUGAAGCAGGAAGUCCCUGCCCUCAGCUGGGAGUUCUUUGUCAACCGCUUCGAGACGCUCUCCCUGGAGGCCCAGCUCCACCUGGACUGCAACAAGGAGUUCCCUUUCCCCACUACCAUCACAGCUGUGCGUACCAACGUGGCCAACCUUAGUGAUGCAGCGAUGUGGAAAAUCAGACGGGCGCGCUUUGCCAGGAACCGUCAGAAGAGUGUGCGUUCCCUCCGUGACAGCAUCAAGGGCCCGUCCACAACCAAGCGAGCCUUCUCCCUCCCAGAGACUCUGUGUAACCGACUACCUUUAAGGCUUACGAGGCAAGAGCACUCUGCCCCGACUCUGGGAGAUAUGAUAGAGAAAGUCCUGCCAGGCCACAGCCCCUCAAUGGAGGAUGACUCGGUCAUCAGGGACCUGCUCCCAGAGGAUGCUGGGAUAGAUCACCAGACGGUGCACCAGCUCAUCAUGGUACUCAUGAAGUUCAUGGCCAAAGACAAGAGCAGUGCUGAGGCAGACAUCGGCAGUGCCAAGGCCUUCAACUCGGUGAAGCGCCACCUGUAUGUGCUGCUGGGCUAUGACCAGCAGGAGGGUUGCUUCAUGAUCGCACCCCAGAAGAUGAGGACCUCCACCUGCUUCAAUGCUUUCAUCGCUGGCAUCGCACAGGUGAUGGACUACAACAUUGGGCUGGGGAAGCAGCUGCUCCCCCUGGUGGUCCAGGUGUUGAAGUACUGCACCUGCCCCCAGCUCAGACACUACUUCCAGCAGCCGCCGCGUUGCUCUCUCUGGGCCCUGCAGCCACACAUCAGACAGAUGUGGCUCAAAGCCCUGCUGGUCAUCCUCUACAAGUACCCCUACAGGGAUAUGGAUGUGAGUAAAGGGGUUCUGCACCUGAUCCACAUCACCAUCAACACCCUGAAUGCCCAGUACCACAGCUGUAGACCCCAUGCCACUGCUGGACCCCUCUAUAGUGACAACUCCAACAUCAGCCGCUACAACGAGAAAGAGAAAGAGGAGGACAGUGUGUUUGAUGAGUCUGACGUUCAUGACACACCAACUGGAGCAGGCAACAAGGAGUCUCAGACCUUCUUUGCCCGUCUGAAAAGAAUCGGUGGCAGCAAGUCUGUCAAGUACCAGCCGGUAGAGCUGAAUGCACAGAAAAGUGAAAUUGAGCUGUCUGAGUACCGCGAGGCCAGUGCAGUGCAGGACAACAUCUUGCACUGUGUGAGGGAGGAGAGCACCAGGAAGAAGCGUCUGCAGGCCAUGCACAAGCAGAAGUCCCUGGACAUUUCCAACACUGACUCCAUCCUCUACAACCUGGACGAGCACCGACGCAAGUCCUGCAUAGACCGCUGUGACCUGCAGCAUGGUCUCCCCGGGCCCCCCUCCUCCACCACCUCCCACCCCAGGCGGACAGGGGGCCAUGGGAAGGGCUCGUCAGACGGCUCCUCAGGCCGAGCAGAGGGCAGUGACCACCAGGACCGUUCAGGAACCCGGGGGGGGCACUCAGACUGCUCCAGGCCUGUCAUCCCAGAGGUGCGCCUCAGCUGCAUGGAGACGUUUGAGGACAAGGCCGACUUGGACUCCCCUCUUACAGGCGGCUCUUCUGCAGAGAAGGAGGACCAGGACCUCAUUGACCUCUCCUCCGACUGCACUUCAAUCCCAGAGAAGCACUCCAUCCUCUCCAUGUCCGACAGCGACUCCCUGGUGUUUGAGCCCCUACCACCACUGAGGAUCGUGGAGAGUGACGAGGAGUUUGACCUGAACAUGGUGAUGGGCCCCAGGCUGAAUGGGAGUGCCAGGCCCCCUGCUUCCCCUGCCAGGUCCCCUGCCUCCCCUGCCAGGCCCCCUGCCUCCCCUGCCAGGCCCCCUGCCUCCCCUGCCAGGUCUGCUGCCCCCCCCACCAAGCCCGUUGCCUCCCCUGCCAGGCCCCCUGCCUCCCCGGCCAGUUCUGCUGCCCCCCCUGCCAAGCCCGUUGCCUCCCCUGCCAGGCCCCCUGCCUCCCCGGCCAGGUCUGCUGCCCCCCCUGCCAAGCCCGUUGCCUCCCCUGCCAGGCCCACUGCCUCCCCUGCCAGCAGAAGCACCGUGUGCCUGUCCCCCAUGGUGCAGGUGAGCAUGGAGGACUGUUCUAAGGAGAAGAGGACCACAGACUCCCCAUCAAAAGAAAGCCCCCAACAGCCUCUACAGAGGCCACGCUAUGCAACCCCCACCACCUCCCUGGAGCUGCCUGACCGGUCAGAGCACCCUGGCCUGGAGAGCCCCAUGACUCUCAGCUUACAACAGAAGAGGGACCUGCUGAGGAAGACCCCUGCUGUCCCUGACACCUCCCUGGAUGACUUUGUGCAUCCUGAGGACUUGAAGGCAGGGGUGGGUCUGGGGACCAGUCCCUCUGGCAGGAUGAUCUUCCUGGACAUCCCUGAGGACACAGUUGAACCCCUCACCUCUCUGGAGGGGAACAACAAUGACGAAGAGGAAUAUUAUGAAGAAGAUGAUGAGGACCUUGAUGACAGUGACUUUAAACCUGAUGAUGAUGAUGAGAACGGCGAGGCAGAGUUUAAGAUCCAGAUAGUUCCCCGGCAACGCAAGCAGAGGAAGAUAGCUGUGAGCGCCAUCCAGAGAGAGUACCUAGACAUCUCCUUCAACACCCUGGACAAGCUGGGUGAGCAGCCCACUGACACAGAUCACAAAGUUCUGUCUACCCUGGAAAAGCCACGGGAAUCCGCCUCAGCCCCCACCCUUGAAGCUGCUAUCCCAGAAACAAGCAACCGCUCUUCAGUAUCAACUCAGUACCGUCAGGCAAAGCGAGGGUCGUUGGGAGCUCUAACCAUGAGCCAGCUGAUGAAGAGACAGCUGGAGCACCAGUCCAGUGCCCCUCACAACAUCAGCACCUGGGAGACAGGCCCCACCAAGACCAGCCUCCUAUCUGCCCCCAGUACAGUCAGCAUGUUUGUGCCUGCCCCUGAGGAGUUCAUUGAUGACCAGCCCACCACCAUGACUGACAGGUGUCGUGACUGUGGUGCGGUGCUAGAGGAGUAUGAUGAGGAGACCCUGGGCCUGGCAGUGGUGGUGCUCUCCAUGUUCAUCCACCUCAGCCCUGACCAGGCCGCUCCACUGCUGCUGGACAUCAUGCAGUCUGUGGGCAGGCUGGCGUCUAGUGCUAAUUUCUCUGGGCAAGCUGAGAGCAUGCUGAUCCCUGGCAAUGCAGCAGGUGUGGCUAAGCAGUUCCUCCGCUGUGUGUUCCAUCAGCUGGCCCCCAAUGGCAUCCUGCCCCAGCUCUUCCAGAGCAACAUUAAAGAUGGAGGUUUUCUGAGAACAUUGGCCUUUUCCCUGAUUGAUUUUAAUGAACUGAGUUCUGUGGCUGCACUGAACCAGCUACUGGAGGGUCUGAACAACAAGAAGAGUCUACCAGCAGGGGGCACCAUGCUGCACUGCCUGGAGAACAUCGCCACCUUCAUGGAGUCCCUGCCCAUGGACUCCCCCAGCAAUUUGUGGACCACCAUCUGCAAUCAGUUCCAGACCUUCCUCACUAAACUACCCUCUGUGCUGCCUCUGAAGUGUCCCCUGGACUCCAGUUUGAGGAUCAUCAUUUGCCUGUUGAAGAUCCCCACCACAAGUGCAACCCGGAGCUUACUGGAGCCCUUCUCCAAACUGCUGAGCUUUGUCAUCCAGUAUGGAGUGUUCAGCCUCUCUUACCUGGUGGAGCUGUGUGGCCUCUGCUACAAAGCCUUCAAUAAGGAGAGAGAUAAGUUCUAUAUGUCCCGUAUUGUGGUGAUGGAGCUUCUACAGGCUCUGAAGUUCAAGUCUCCUCUACCCGAUACUAACCUGCUACUGCUGGUCCAGUUUGUUUGUUCAGAUAUUGGUACGAGGCUAGCAGAGUCUACUGUUCUCUCAAAGCACAUGAUCUCAUCUCUUCCAGGGUGCACGACAGCAGCAAUGGAAUGCAUGAGGCAAUACAUCAGUGAACUUCUAGACUUCAUAGCGGAUAUGCACACGCUGACCAAACUAAAAAGCCAUAUGAAGGCAUGUUGUCAGCCACUGCACGAGGACACGUUCGGAGGGAACCUGAAAGUGGGCCUGGCACAGGUAGCUGCCAUGGAGAUCAGCAAAGGCAAUCACCGUGACAACAAGGCAGUGAUCCGUUAUCUGCCCUGGCUCUACCAUCCCCCGUCCGCCAUGCAGCAGGGACCUAAGGAGUUCAUUGAGUGUGUGUCCCACAUCCGCCAGCUGUCCUGGCUGCUCCUGGGCUCCCUGACCCACUAUGCCCUGCACCAGGGCUCCACCUCCUGUAUGCCCAUCCCCCUGGAUGCCGGCUCACACAUCGCUGACCACCUCAUCGUCAUCCUCAUCGGCUUCCCUGAACAAUCCAAGACGUCAGUGCUGCACAUGUGCUCCCUGUUCCAUGCCUUCAUGUUUGCCCAGCUGUGGACCAUUUACUGUGAGCAGUCGGCGGCCACUCCGGCCCUGCAGAACCAGAAUCAGACAGAGUUCUCCUCCAACGCCAUUCUGACCGGCCUGGAGUUCUGGAGCCGCGUCACACCCAGCAUCUUGCAGCUCAUGGCCCACAACAAAGUGAUGGUGGAGAUGGUGUGUCUACAUGUCAUUAGCCUGAUGGAGGCUCUACAAGAAUGCAACUCAACUAUCUUUGUGAAGUUAAUACCUAUGUGGUUGCCCAUGAUUCAAUCUAACCUAAAGAACAAAAAACUCUCACCCUGUCCCAUGCAGCACCUGUCUGCAGGUCUACAGCUGCGGCUGCAGGCCAUCCAGAACAGAGUGAACCACCAGUGUGUGCAGGGCCAGGCGGCCGGGGCCCUGCCCUUCGCCCUGCGCAAGUGGCUGCAGUGCACACAGUUCAAGAUGGCUCAGGUGGAAAUCCAGUCAUCCGAGGCUGCCUCACAGUUCUACCCCAUGUGACCUGCCCACCUCUCACUAUGGGAGAUCCUCCAAGACCCAGUCCUCCUCAGGACCAGCAUGCAUCUGUCUGCUGCCUGCCUGACCAUAAAUAUCAGGAAGUCGACUCCUGCAUAAACUGACUCUCGCCGUCUUAAGACACUGCUUCUGAUGUAAUCAUCUUCAGCACCUUCUAAACUUUGUAUAUCUAUACUAUUCUUUGGUGCAAUGAAAGGAUAGGUGAGUACAGGUUGGGCAGGUGUGCAGAUGUAGGGGGAUCACAGUUCUGUAGAUAGGAGGUUAGAUGUCCAACAUGCUGUGUGCUGCAUCAGAGGUCAGAACAGACGGAGAGAAUAUAUAGCAGCAGAUGAUAGUCUGGAUGAAGAAUGCUGAAGCUCAGACUUGUUCACUUGGUGAUGCUCAUGGUCUAUAUCGAUAUGUUCAGUUGCUUGGUUGCAAGCCUGAUAAAAAUAAUAAAAUCAAGACACAUUUUCUAAA